UUCAGAUUAGAUAAAUGUAUCAGUCAGAUAAAAAACGAAGCACAGUUGUUCUUACCUGUAAGGGCACAUCCUGAAUUAACCAGUAACAAAAAAUAAUGAAUAAUGAUAAAUUGUUCAACAAUAUGGAAAAUAUUGAAUUGCACGAAUUACCCAUGCAAAGAAACAAUACAGAUGGCGUAGAAGAAACCGCCGUAACCAAUCAACCGAGGAGCGAUUAUCCCGGUUCCCGACGUCCCAUUCCCGUUUCGCUCGUCGAGCAGGAUUACAGGAGAACCAUCGCCCCCGCUUCGGGUUUAGAGUUCCUCCGGGAUGUAAAUCAGCUGAUAAUACAACAAAGCAUCGAGCUAAAUGAUUUAAUUUCGAAUAUAUCGUCUGAAAACCGUUACAUCGUGAAGGUUCCCCGAAGAGAUGCGAUAUAUUACGCUACAGAGACAUCGGGUGAUUUCCAAAGGAAUUGUUUCGGGUCCGGUCGAGCUUUUGUAAUGAGAUUGUUCGACAGGACCCAGCAGGAAGCGUUGAUUUUGGAAAGGCGAUUGGCCUGCGGCAAUUGCACCUUUUGGUGUUACCUACAGAGAAUGGAAGUGUGGAUUCCGCCUGGGGAUUACGUAGGGGUCGUCAGGCAACAGUUCUCGAUGGCGAUGAAGGCGGUUUUCUACGUUUACAACGACUGCGAGUUGUUGUACAGAAUCGAAGGGCCGAGUUCGUUCGGUUGCAUUUUGGGCAAGGCCCAAAACUUUCAGAUAUAUAACUACGAUGGUUCGACUCAAAUAGGAAGCAUCAUCUAUCAAUGGGACCAAGUCCAAGUGUGCUAUAACAUGUUGCUGCAAAUGCCUAGCAACAUUGCUAACAACAAGCACAAAGCUCUUUUGUUGGGAUCUGCUUUUCUUCUGGAAUAUAUGUUUUUCGAGAGCAGCAAGAAGAGGAGCCGCUGCUGCAGGUGCAUAUGCUGA